AUGGCAGACGGACUCAACCAGGCUCGCGCGGUGCGAGUAGCCGAACUCAUGAAUGACUAUCGGACCUUGUUGCUGCACAUCUCCCAACAGCAAGCCAACGCUUCCCCCGAAGAACACUACGAAGAAGGAUUCAGCGUGCUUCGAGAAUGCCACGCCGCCGCCCAACGUCUACUCAGCGCCAACUAUCAACCUUGCCCGAUGACAGGGGGAGGGAAUGCGGAGACAGAGAAAGCAGAGCUUCAAAGAGUCAUAAUCGACAGCAGCGCUCGCCGUUUUCAAGCACACAAGAUCUACCUCCGAGCCGCAGCAGCACGACGAUGGGCCAUGACUCGAGCGAAUAUCCUGGGCGGCCAACGACCAACUUCAGCACAUGGACCGUCUCUGAAAGCCGCACACAUUACACUACAACAGGAAUUGGGUCGCAUCACUGAUCAGCACGUUGUCGCUGAUCUUCGAGCUGCCGACCUGCGGGCAGGUCAUUGGCUUGAUGAUGACCCAUCCUUGGCUGUGAUACAGCGCUGGAUUGUGGGCCGGUAG